UAUCAGAAUAAUUAUGUUUGUUUAAGACACAGAUUCAGAUGCUUCACUGUGUCUGUUAUUUAGAAAGCUGCAGCUAUCUUUGACUUCUUCCUAUUCUUAGGCACUAAUUGGUAAUUAUUAGAUAUGAGUAACUCUUGUCUGCUGGCUUCCUUUAAUGCUGCAUACUGGUAUUUGUAAUUCUCUGUGGCUGGUGGUACUGAUGCAUUCGCUGCUGUAUCUCUGCACCAUAUCCCCUCUUUGUUUUCACCGUUUUUACCUAGGUCUAUCUGUUGACAUCCAAAGAGAUUUCACAUGAAGCUGUGGGAAAAAUCUUUGAUCAACAACAAUUCAUUUUCUUGGCUGAACAGCUCAGCUCUUUCGACACAUCAUUAUUAAAUGGCUGCAUGGAUAAUGCACAAUUGAAUUUCUCCCAGACCGUUUCACAUAAAACUGUUCUUCAGAGGUGUAAUUUCUGCUUUAGUGCUACAUUCUAAGAAUCCCCCUUUCCGAAGUGUUGCUGCUGUUUUUUUUGUGAUGAAGCAAUGAUGCAGAAAUAUCUUUUGUCACUGGCUCAGGGGUUUAACUUUAUAUCAAUCCAUCUCUUUAUACGAAUGUGGACUAAUGAAUUUAAUGACUUCUGAUGUCAUUUAAUCUGAACAGGGCUCUAAAGUAGGAGGGAGCAGUAAAAACAAUAUAAAAAUUCACUGGUUUCUGGAUCUGUUUUACAGUCAGUGGUCUGAGGCACACCUUUUCAUGAAAUUCAAGCACAGAAAACUGGGAGAGCGAGAGAGAGAGAGAGAGAGAGAGAACAAAACAGAUGGCACACAGGAGGUACCGAAGAGAGUUUUCCACUUUUUCCACUGCAGUUACCUUUUUGAGGAGCUGAAUAUAAGGACAUGAUACAAAUACAUGAAAACACAUUCUCAUGAGACAUGAACUCUUUGAUGCAUUACACUUCAAGGAAGCUAAGAUGAGCAGCUUUACUCAAAACUGAGAGUGAAUUAACUAAGAGAAAUCAUUAAAGAGCUCAUCUGGAGACUGAAAAGAAAAGCAUGGAUGUGGGGAAAAUAUUUAGAUCUGAAGAGGAGAAGAACUGCAGCAACACAUCAGCACAUGAAUAUAAUGGCACUCUCAAUAUGGCAUCACAUGGAGUCUCCUAUAGCAACAUUAUUAUGCCAUCAGUCUUUGGUAUAAUCUGUCUCCUGGGAAUCAUUGGCAACUCUAUGUUAAUUUUCACAGUUGUCAAAAAGUCCAAGUAUCACUGGUGCAGCAAUGUCCCUGAUAUUUUCAUCAUCAACCUCUCCAUUGUGGACCUCCUUUUUCUUCUUGGCAUGCCGUUUCUGAUUCACCAACUUGUAGGUAAUGGGGUCUGGCAUUUUGGAGAGAUGAUGUGCACAAUUAUUACUGCCAUGGAUACCAACUGUCAGUUUACAAGCACCUAUAUCCUUACUGCUAUGUCCAUAGACCGUUAUCUGGCUACUGUCCAUCCGAUUUCAUCUUCAAGAUUUAGGAAACCUUUUAUUGCAACAUCAGUCAUAUGUUUUUUGUGGGUACUUUCAUUUAUUAGCAUUGCCCCUGUCUGGCUAUAUGCAAGGUUGAUUCCUUUCCCUGGUGGCACAGUUGGUUGUGGUAUACGCCUCCCAAAUCCAGAAACAGACCUUUACUGGUAUACCCUGUACCAGUUCUUCCUUGCAUUUGCUAUGCCUUUUGGGAUUAUCACUGUUGCUUAUGUUCGAAUACUUCAACGUAUGACAACAUCGGUAGCACCAACUACACAGCGUAGUGUCAGACUAAGGACUAAGAAAGUGACUCGUAUUGCAAUUGCCAUAUGUCUAGUCUUCUUCUUUUGUUGGGCACCAUUCUACAUUCUUCAGCUCACUCAGCUGGCAAUCAGUCAGCCAACCUUACCAUUCUACUAUGCUUACAAUGUUGCCAUUAGCUUGGGCUAUGCUAAUAGUUGCCUUAACCCUUUUGUCUACAUUGUGCUAUGUGAGACAUUUAGGAAACGACUGGUUCUCUCUGUAAAACCUGUGCAAGACCAAAGGCAGAUUAGCUCUUUGCAAUCACCAGAUAAUGCUCCUGAAAUGAAAUUAACCUGACCAAUAGGAUUUAGGAAGGGAUGCACGGAUGAAUACUAGAUCUGGUGGAUAUAAUGUAUGAGCUUCAUCACUUCAGUGGAACUGUGUGCCCUGAACCUGUGCUACAGAUAAUUCUGCAAUACAUGCAGAUGAUGUAUUCAUUUUAUUUUUUUCCUUACAGAUCACAUCUAAAUGAACCAUAGAAAUAUUCUUGGAGUGGAAAAAUAAACAGUGUACCAACACUUUUAAGACUGUGUUGGUAUGUAGCCAGUGUAAGCAAGUGGACAGUUAACAUAUGCCUCUUAGUUACUUAUUAAAAGAAAAAAAGUAUUAUGUACCCAAUUAAAGGAUAUUAAACAAAACAGUGUCAUCAUUAGUAUGCUGAUUGUAAAAGCAGUUGAUUUCGCAAAUGCGAUAAUUUACCAGAGAUAUUUUAUUCAUGAUAAAUACGACUAGUAAACUUUAUAUAAUUGUAAGCCUUUUCAUCUGAGUGGCAAAGUGAAGAACCACAAUCUAGCAAGAGGUAUAUUAAAUGCAUAGCAGCAUUUCAUGAGAUAUUCCAUUAAUUUAAUCAUAAAAUGUUGCAGUUCUUAAGACAGAAGGUUCCUGGAACGCCUAAGAAUUUAAGCUUAUUAUGCAGCAUUUUGUUGUUUUUCAGCCUUGGGUCCUAUACUUUACUGCCAAAUGAUUCAUACUCACUGUUAUCCAGGGCCAUAGAUCAGGCAACUCGACUGCUUUCAUGCCUCUCCUAGCAUGAAUUUCUUGCACAAAGCUCUGUUUGCAGAAUACCAAAUCAUCUCUCCAGAACACAGAUGCUACUAGAAGGAAUCCAGAUAAGACUCUGCUCUCCCUUUACACCAAAACAUCUGAGGUGUUUUGAAGCUGGUACAGAAACUUAAAACACAGAUUACUUUUUCAGCAUGAAUUUAUCAGAAAAAAAAUCAUCUGUACCGGUGUUUAAAAAUAUUUUGUCACUAUGAAGAGAACAGACCCUUUCUGCAUAUUAUCCGGCUCCUUAAUUUAUAAUGUUUUGCAGAAGUAAUCUAUAGAAUACAUUUUAAGGAAACUGGAAGCCUUUGUAUUUGUAUUUGUACUCACAGAUUUUUAGAUGGAAAAGAGAUUACAUCUUUCUGUUUUAUUUAAGAAAUGCUUUGGACUUGUAAUUAAUUUCCGUUCUUUAUAGUCUUUAUAUGGUACUUCAGGGUCUGCUUACUCAUCUGUUUAAAUGAAUAAGAAAAGUAUAAGCUUUAUUAUGCAGAAGUUAGUCACUAUGUAAUUCUUAGCUAUAGUAAAAGAGCAAGGGAUUCCUGAGCUUUAUGCCAUAAUGCAACAUUAUGGUAAUACAAGCAGGCUGCUUUUGUAAUUAAAAUGUCUUUUUUAUGAGUGUACAGUUUACUACUCAAGGAUUCAGAAGAGAGUUGCAUCCAUUUUGCAUGAUUUGUUAAAUGGGAUACAUCUCCAGUGAUCUUACAGAUCUAGUAGUUCAUGCAGACGAAUAAGACAAAGAGUUGUUAAUCUGUUUUCUGUAGUCCAGGGUUUGAAUCCUUCAGCCUCCAUUUGCCUGCUUUGUGACUUUGAGCAAGUCACUUAACCUGACAGUGCUCAUGGAGCACUCCUAAAAAGUGACACAUGUCCAGUGGGCUUAUCAAGUAAACACUUAAAAAAGCAUUACCCAACUAGCUUUCAAUUUCUUUGUAGGAUGACAGUCUGGCUUACUCAAGGAUGUUGUAAACAUCUUGAUGGAUUGAAUAAGUUUAUGUUGCAGCACUAAUGAAUCAGAGCAGUUGUUUAAAUAAUUCCAAAUCAAAAAUAAUUAAAAUAAGAAUAGAAUAAUAAAAGGAGGAAAUAACUAGUCAUAGGAUCAUAGGAUCAUAGGAAGUUACUAGGCUAUUGGCCCUGAG